AUGAGUAGCUCAAAUGAAGACGAUGGAGACUACGUCCCCGAAGUCGAUGAGGAAGAGGAGGACGACGUCAUCGAAGCAGACGACGCUGCAGACAAGCAGCGAAGCGCCACGACUGACGCGCAUCUGGACACACUCUGGGACGACAUUAACGCGUCCACUGCCGUGUCCAAGACUGCAGCAGACAAGACUACAAAUCUACUGAGUGGGUUGACCAGGAAGACGAAGCGUGCAGCCGAUAAGAAGAAGAAGAAGCGAAAGUUGCGCGAGUUCUCCGUCCCCAUUCUCAGUGUGGACGUUAAGAAGUCGAGAAAAGACUUGACAGAGUUUGCCGCAUCCCAACAAAAGGUGGAACGAGUGGUCAAAUUCGCUGGUCAAAAGUACAGCGUCUCCACGACUGCCAGUGCUGCUAAUACGGAGAAGAAAGGGCUGGAUAAGGUGCUGGAGUCGCUCGAUGAGCCGAAAAAGGUGUCGACGAUGGAGAAAUCGUCGCUCGACUGGGACAAAUUUAAGGAGAAGGAAGGCAUCGAGGACGAGCUCACGCAUUACACCAAAGAUGGCUACAUUGAGAAGCAGGAGUUCUUGCAGCGACUGGAUCUCAAGCGCUUCGAGAUCGAGAAAGCUGAACGUGACAAGCAACGCAAACUGCAGCAACAGCAAUCGAAAUAG